AUGUCCCUUCCGACUAAAGCUCAAAGCUGGCAUAGAAACAACUUUAUCAUUUCCACAGAUAAGACUCUACUAUCCAUCGCCUCCAUCAACUCUGCCUUUGACGCAGAAUUCAUGUACUGGACUAGUUCCGUCCCAGACAGCGCCUUGGAAGAAAUCAUCCGAAACUCAUUCUGUUUCGGUCUCUACGAAAAUGCGCGCGAAACGGACGUCACAGCAGGAACCGGAAGUAAGGAAGAAGAAGAGCAAAGGGAGUACAAGCAAAUCGGCUUCGCGCGUCUCAUAACCGACUGCGUCACCUUUGCGUAUCUGACAGAUGUCUACGUACUGCCCGAAUACCAGGGUCGAGGACUGGGUGGAUGGCUGCUGGAUUGCGUGAAUGAGUUGUUGGAGCCGUUACCGCAUCUUCGAUGGACUAUGCUGCGAACGUCGUCACGGAAGAGUAAAGAGUCCUAUGAGAGGAGGAUGGGAAUGAGUAUCUUGGCGUAUCGGGAUGUCGAGGAUGGUCCGGUUAUGAUGGGAAGGAAAGGGAAAGGCAAUAGAGUCUGA